UGAACACAAAAAUGUCCGUACAGGCCUCAAGGCCUCCAAUGUAGCUAAAAUUUUAUUUAUUUUUCAGUUCAAUUUUCUCAAUUUACUCUCCCCUCAUUUUAAUUUUCUUUCAUUUUCCACAAAAUUUUUAGAUAAAACUAAAAUGUUUUCUUUCCCAAUUGAAGUUCAACUAGACAUUUUAAAAUGUUUUAAUUUCGAACAAUUAUUCUUUUUUAAACAAAUUAAUUCUUAUUUUUACAAUUUAAUUAAUAAAUAUGAGGGGGAAUUGUGCUUUCGAAUGAAAUUUAAAAAACUUCAAAUAUGGCAAACAGCGAUAAAUGAUGGAAUUCCCUUGUUUUUAAAUAAUUAUGGACCUUACAGAGACUUCCUUGUUAGCAUUGAAAAUUUAUUGGACACAAACCCCCAUUAUGUUUUAAAAUUGCCAAACAUUCCAAAAAAUAUUGAAGAAAUGAUUAUUAUUCGUUGUUGGCUAGAACAUUUAUUUAAUUGUGCUUUUGAAUGUGCUUAUUUUGAUAAAGGAGUAUUUAAUCCAGAAAUGAUUAAUAUAUUAUUUGAUAACAACAAAGCAAUCCCUCUCAAAUUUAACAUUGAAGAAGCCUGUUUCUGGGCUAACGAUGAAACAUUCCAUUUGGAAUUUUAUUUUGAGCAUUUAUCAAUUUCCAAAUCCUUUAGCAUCAAUUUAGAUAGUGUGGACAUUACAGAAGAGGAUUUGGAGAUUUUAUUUUUUAUGUCAGUGAAUGAAGGGGAUAAAUUCCCCCAAAUUUAUUUUUGUAAUUCAAAGUUAACGUGGGUUUAUGAUUUUAUUCUUGAUGUAAGUAUUUGA